AUGGACCGCUUUGAAGAUCUAUCAGAUGAAGUGGAUCAUGCUUUCUUUGACAGUGAUUUUGAGGAAGAGAAAAAGAAAGCUGAAGAAAAUGGUGAAUGCAUAAAGAAGGAAAGUAUGAUGACAGCUCAUACAGAUCCCAACUUGGUUUCUAUUUCAAAGAAUGCAAAGUGUAAUGAGGAGGAAAGUGAAGAAAAGCAGAAAGAUUUUCAGAAGCAUCAGUCCCUAAAAAGUAGCACAGGUUGUCUUGAAGAUGCUUCAUUUUUGUCACUUUCUCUAGUUGCAGAGAACGCAGGUGCAUCUGGAAUGACAUCUGCAUUAAGCAGUGGAAUACUAGAGAAUGUUCCUGCUGGAAUCCCCAAGAUAGUUAAAGAAGGUGAAGAAGAUUAUUAUACAGAUGAAGAAGAUAGUAGUGAUGAUGACAAAAAACAGAAGGUUAGACCAAAGUCAGCUAAGCAGUCAAACAACAUAAAAAAGGCUAGCAAAAAAUAUACUAAUAUCAGCUUCUCCUCCUCUUCCUCGUCUUCCUCCUCCUCAUCUUCCUCUUCCUCAUCCUCAAGCUCAGAUACAGAUGGUUCUGAUACAGAUUCUGAUAGCUGCUUAUCAGAUUCAUCUCAUUCUUCCUCAAAGAGGAAUGCUUGUAGAAAUGCUCUUCUGUCUCCAAAACAAAAAUGCGAGUCAGCAAUGAAAUUACUAGAAGAAAAACCAAAGCUGGUUGACUACAUGGAGGAGUCUGAAGAUACAGUGACUGAUGUAACACCUCUGUCCACUCCAGACAUCAGUCCCAUCCAGUCUUUUGAACUUGCAGCAUCAAAUGAUAAGAAACUUAAAGUAAAAAGACAGGAAAAUGUGAACCAAGAAUUACAUGAUUCCGAGUUUGAUCGCAGAUGUAGUCAGAAAGUCUUGCAUGAUGCCAUGGACCUGAAUCAGCUUUUGAAAGCUUUCCUGCAGUUGGAGAAAAAAGAUCAGAAACUAAACAUCAAUCACCCAUCUAAAGGAAGAAGGAGAAAUUAUUCUUUCACAAGUGAAGAAGUAAAAAAGAUUGAUCGGGAAAACCAAAGGUUGCUAAAAGAACUGUCCAGACAGUCUGCAAAGCCAAGAAGAAGUACCCCAUUGAAGAAGCCGUCUUUACCUCCUCCUAAAUUGUACCACAGUGCCCUCAACAGGCAAAAGGAGCAGCAAAGAAUUGAAAGAGAGAACCUGGCACUCCUGAAAAGACUGGAAGCGGUGAAACCAACACCUGGUAUGAGGCGUAAUGAACAACUGCUGGACUAUCAGCGCCAGAUGAGUUACAUAGGUUCUUCUCCUUCUGUAAGAAGAGGAAAAUCUGCUUUCAGCCAUCUUAGUCCUUUAAGAGCAUCCUAUUCAAGAGCAUCCGCUGUACCAACUACAAUGAGCCAGAGGAAUGAAAAACCCAUACCUGAUUCAGCCAGUGGGGCAUUGCAGAGACCUAAACCCACUACUGUUCGUGCUGCUUGGUUAUAA